AUGUCCAGCUACUCUAUCACCUUAGGCAAAAGGACAGAACAAAAUCCCUACACAGCAGACUUAGAAGCGAUGAAAACCGCCCUGGAACGUAUCCCGCCUGAGACAUGCCAGAGAUGGAUAUCCCUCCUGAGUAGCAACAGAUCCGCACUAGCAGCAAAUCGCCAACCCCGUCAACAAUCUGGCCAAGAAACCAUCCAGCAGAUAUAUAAACAGAUUCAGAGCUUACAGCAGCGAGGAAACGCGGUUAAUGCAAUUUGGAUUCCAGCCCACACAGAUAUCAACUUGAGACAACGAGCAAAAGCCGAAGCACGGAAAUCGAUGGACAUGAAACGUAUACCAGAGAAGCAACCAUUUCAAGCUAAAUCGACUGCACUUAGACUCACCCUUACGGAACAACAACAAGAAUGGAUUCUCCCUGCAGAUAUUGGGAAAUACUCAAAAGGCCAUCGAUAUCUCUUCCAGGAAACACACAAGAACCUUAUACGAUGGAAUGAACCGGAGAGAGGCAAAAACCUAGUCCAGCUUCGGACAGGAAAGACAAGGCUAAAUAGCUAUUUGAACAAGAUAGGCGCAGCAGAGUUCGAUAUUUGCGCCUGUGGCCAAGCAAGCGAGACAAUGGAACACUUCCUAUUCCGCUGCACGAGAUGGACAACAACUAGAGGAGGAGGAAAAUCGCGCUCGGAUCCGGAUCUAUGGCAACCAGAUAUGAAGACCGUCCAUGCUGUAAUCAACUACGCGAUUGCAACAGGGAGAUUGGAACAGAAACUCGAAUCCGAACCUUAA